AGAAAUAAUGCGAAGUAAUCUUUUAGUAUUGUCGGUACUGUCAAAAUGGCGGUCACACGGCGCGGAUAUAUUUUUGGUGCAUUUUUGUCCAGUAUACUGAGUGUUCUAUUGAUUGUUGUGGCACUAGCUAGUGACAGUUGGGUUGUAUCCACAGCCACAGCACCGGGCCAAGCAAACGCCAAUGAUAUCAACUAUGGCCUCUUUAGAGGAGAGAUUAUCUUACGGCCUCUCAUCACUCCAGAUGUUCACACCUUGUACAUGACAUGUGCGCCCGAACUCAAUGCCUGCGCUGUUAGUUGCAAGACUGAUCCAGAAGCCAGAUUAACAGAGGUGCGAGCCCUAGCCCGAGGUUUCAGACCGACUGCCGAUUGCCUGGCCACAACCGAAUUCGAUACUACGAAUCCUUUGUCACGUGCUCCGGUGAUUACAUUCGGCCUCUACGUGGCGCUGAUCGCUCUGCUCAUCAUACAACUGGUGCUAGCCGUCGUGGCUGCUGGUCUGGCCAUCCUUAACGCCACUAGGAACCCUACUGAACCUAUAUUUGGAUUACCUGGAUGUUUAUACACAAACUUAGGGACCAUAUUCGUGGGCGUGCUGGUGAUGCUAAUGUUCGGCAUAUAUUGGCUAUCGUCAGGAUUGAAUGAGCACCUCGCGUUGUCAUACGUAGCGCUUGGCAUUUAUACCGCUGCCUCUGGACUUGGGUUCUCUUAUUGGUUGUUACUCGUAGCCCUGUUAUGUUCAGUAGCCAACGUGGUACUCAUUCAAGUUCGAGCCUACCUCUUGGAAAGGGACCCGCCGCCGCCCACGAUCAAAGUUGAAAACCAUUCCGACGGCACCAUAUUCUUAUACUAGAUAACGAUAAAUUAUUUUAGGAAGUACACUUCGUUGCAAUAAUAUUGGGUGAGUUAAAGUUCGUACUUAUAAGUUUUAAUGUUAUAAGCGCGAAGUUAAUUCUGUAUGGGUGUUACAAUAAUACAAUGUUACACGACAAAAUGGUUGAACCAAUUUAGGUGUAACAUUAAAAUAAUGUAGGUAAUGGUGUAAAAGUUGGCACUGAGAUAGAAGGUACCCUGGAGAUAAGCGUAGGGUUUUUAUGGACGUGAUGACAGUAGUUACCCCAACGCGUGCACGGUUGUAUUAACAAAAACUGACCAGAUAUAAUUGCCUCUGAGUGUACUUCUUGACAUAUAGAGAGUAUGUUAGGGAUUAAGUUAUUCAAAUUGACCGACUAAAGUAAGAAAGUGAGAUAAACGUGGAACUUUAAGUUAAUAGUAUACCUACCUACUUACUUUCAUUUUUUUUAACCCCCGACGCAAAAACGACGGGGUGUUAUAAGUUUGACGUGUCUGUGUGUGUGUGUGUGUGUGUGUGUGUGUGUGUGUGUGUGUGUGUGUAUGUGGCAUCGUAGCUCCCAAACGGAUGAUCCGAUUGUAAUGCGGUUUUUUUUGUUUAAAAGGUAUGUCAGUCGGGAGUGUUCUUAGCUAUGUUUGGUGGAAAUCGGUUCAGGUCUUCAAGGUCAUCAGCUCGUUUGCUAGAUGUGAUAGGAAUGUUACACGCUCAGUUUACUUGCAAGUAUAUGUGGGAUCUGAAAUUUGAAACACUAAUGUCUUUUGGAACCACUGAGCUGGUCUGCUGUUAGGGCACGAAGGUAGGAGACGUAACCCUGAACUGCCUUUUAGUAAACCCAUCGAGUUUGGGCUCGUUGAAUUUGUCUUGACGAGUUCUCUUCAUGUUCCUGAUUGACGAGAACCUGAUGCUGGAAAUGGGAUGUGGCGGAUGAAACCCUGGAAUGCCGGAAUGAAACGGAUAAACCGAUUUAUAUUUUUGCUGAAAAUCUAGAAUGUCCAAAGGUUAAUCUUUAUUGUUUCUCAAUCUGUGCAAUUCUCCCAGAGCCAGUUUGUCAUGAGGAUUGUUAAACAGCUUCCUUUGGCUGAGAUCUUAGAAAGAAGGAAAAAUUAAGGAGCUCCUUUAAAAAGCAUGAAAUAAAAUUAAAUUAUAAAUUUAAAAAAACCCCCGACCCAAAAAAAGUACGCAAUAAUUAUGACAAAAGGUUAAAAACGCUAAACCCUAUAAAAAGCAAAAAAUAACUUUUAACACUACUUAAACUAAAUUUUGACGUGUCGGGGGACCGCUUUUUACCUUCAUAAAUACUUACAUAAAUCAAAUGAUACCUACCUAAUUACAACAUUCGUUUAAAAAAAAACACAUAUCUAAAGUAAUGAAUUAGAGCGGUCCCCCGACACGACAAAAUUUAGUUUAAGUAGUGUUAAAAGUUAUUUUUUGCUUUUUAUAGGGUUUAGCGUUUUUAACCUUUUGUCAUAAUUAUUGCGUACUUUUUUUGGGUCGGGGGUUUUUUUUUAUUUAUUACAAUUUGACCAUAAUAUUAUUAUAGGGAGCAACUAAAGUCUGAAUCCACUUUUUGAAUUAAUUUUAAUAUCUUAACAAACUCUCUAAGCGGUGGAAAAUUAAUAAAUAUUAUAAUUUAUUGAUUAUUGUCACCUCCGUCAUUAAAAUUCCUAAUUUUAAUUAGUUUUAAACUUUGUUACUGUAUGUAAAUAAUGUGAAGUGUUUAAUAAAUUUGUAAUUUUGUAA